AUCGGACUCGAGAUCGGAGACGGAGUCAAGAAAAAAGGCAGAUGAAUGGAAAGCUGAAAAGAAAUCUCUCGUCUCGUCAACAUUUAAACAGUUGCAGCUACAUGUCAAGAUAAGAUAGAAUGAGUUCUUUCUGGCAAGUCUGAGGUGAGCCAAAUAUGCCUCCAUUCAGAGAAGGAAACGGCCAUGGAGGAAUGGAAGAGAACUCGUACUAGUGUGCAUCAGAUUACCAUUGAAUAGACCAUGCAAUGACUUUUUUUUUAAUAUUGAAUGAUGUAAAGUACAAGUAUCGUCAUGGGAACAGGAAGCUCCUUCCCCAAUGAUGGGGAUGACGAUGACCAGCCCGGGGUCAUCAAACGUAUCCCGAUUGAGAUGAAACCGAGGCGGACACUGGGUAGUGCUCUGCGUUCGGUGGGGUCUUUUGGACGCAGACCCAAGGGCAUGAGUCUUCGGUCUUCAUUGUCUGUGGAGUUGGAAAGCACAGAGGUAGAGAAGCUGAGGAGGGAUUUUGAGAUGUUCAAAAUUGCAAAGCAGAAUGAGAUGAGCGACCUGCUGAAGAAGGAGAAAAAACUGGAGUCGGAGAAUAGACGUUUGAGAGCAGAGUUACAGGCUUUACAGAAAACGUGCAAUAAACUAAGACUUGAGAGAGACAUGGCACUGGAUGCUGAAUACCAAGCUCUUGAAAGAGCAGCAACCUUUGAACAUGAUAGGAACAAAGUUCAGAGACAAUUCAAGCUUUUUCGAGAGAGCAAAGAGAGUGAGAUUCGUGAUCUGUUGAGAGUUAGACAGGACCUGGAAGAAACACUUCAUUGGGCUAAACCAGUUGAUGGUCAACCUCAAGACUCUAACAUCCAGGAACCACAAGGUGGUAACCCAGGAGAUUGGUGGACAGUAUUAGAGAGUGAGCCCUCUCUUGGCAGCAUGUCACAACUCCAGCCUCUCAGGGAUACCAAUGUGUUUGAUAUGGAUGGUAACUCUAGCAGUGAUGGUAAAGGAGAGAUAAGUGGUAUUGCAGCCUCUGCACUCAAUCAAAUGCUGAGUAGCCUCUCCAGUCCUGCCCUGUUCAAUGUGAUAAGAGUCUACAUAUGUGCACCACACGACAUGAGUGAAGAGGCGUCCUUAUUACAGAAGGACUAUGGUAGCAAGCUUCGCUCCUUGGGUGAUGGUGAAGGUCGCUUUGUGCUUCUUGUACAUCUGACCUUUGACCCUGAAAGUGCAAAUACCUCUCUCUUAGAUGAGGAUCUACUUAGACUUCACUCGGUGAGACAGAGGGAAGUUGAGUUCUGCACCAUCUUUGUCAGUUUCUUGGGCGAGCUUGUUGAUAGGUUUACCUUGGAGGAAGUAGAACUUGGCCAUCUUCAUGAUCCUGGGACCAAGCCAGCCAUAUUCUGUUUUACCAAUAAUAGGUCUGUUGAGCCAGAAGAGAAUAGUUCUGAAGGUCUGAAGACUCAAAUCAAGAACAGUGGAAAUGCUAAGAUCCUGGAAGGAUUAGAGAACACCAGGGAGAGAGUAGAUGCUGUCCAUCAAGAACUUGAGAAAAUCAUCAAACUGGAGCUUGGUAUUGAAUCUGCAGUGACCUCCGAGAUGUCAUCAGAGUUUCAGAGUGAACUGGAUGAGAGUACAGAAGAGAGAUGUGGUGGACUGCAAUGGGAUAUUCACGGAGAUGGAGAGCAACAGGAAAUAUUAGCUAACAUCGCCAAGGAGGCCACAUGUGAGCUCACUUUUGAAAAGCACUAUGAGAGCAUCAGUGAGCAUGUAGCAGCAGCCGGCCCCUUACCUCCUCUCCUGGUGAGUGGUGUCCCUGGGAGCGGAAAGUCCUUGCUGCUCGCUAAAUGGGUCCAGCUAAAGCAGAGAGAUGCCCCACCUGGCUUGGUUCUAUAUCACUUCACCGGGUCACCAAACUCGUCCAGUGCCAAUGCUGUCACCAUGAUCAGGAGAAUGACUGCACAGUUGAUGCAGCAUGUUUCUUCUCCUCCUGCUCUGUCUUGCGAACCAUCGAGAUUGGUAGAAGAGUUCCCUAAAUGGUUGGAGAAAGUUUCAUCGAGGGUAGCUGGUGGUAUCACCAUCAUCAUUGAUUCCUUGGAUAAUCUCCAGAAUCGAGAUUCUCACCUUGGAUGGUUAUUAGACCCUCUUCCAGUAGAUACCAGAGUGAUCGCUUCGGCCAAUCCAGAAAACUGCCUACCUGCUUGGAAAUCCUGGCCAACGCUCCACCUGGAACCCCUGUCUCCAUCCCACUCCAAGGACCUCAUCCACGCCCUGGGCCAGUCCCGUGGUCUCCAGGUCUCCCCGGAGCACGAAGCCCUCUCCCUGGCCCACUGCCGCACCCCUGCCACCCGUACCCCUCUCUUCAUCACGUUGAUGGUGGAUGAGCUGGCGUACAGCGAUCGUUCGGUGCCCAUCAGUGAGAAGCUUGCUGCGGGAUGUCUGGACCAUGGGGAUUCAGUGGAGCUGUAUCAGUAUAUCCUGGAAUCCCUGGAGACAGACCAUGAAGAUGCUACGUGUAGAGGUCUUGUAAAGAAGGUGUGUUUGUUGGUGUAUGCCUCAAGGAAUGGUAUUUCUGAGUUGGAAUUGUUUGAUCUGAUUCCUGAUCUUACUUGGAAUCACUGGGCUCCUCUCUGCCAUGACCUCAUCAACAGACAUGUCAUGACCUUUAAGGCAGGGGUCGUGACCUUUGCACAUACACAGGCUUGUGAUGCAGUCAGACUGAGCCACUGCACUGAACCACAUGGCGAGAGAGAACUGCAAGCUGUCAUCAGCAGACUUGUCCAUUACUUCAAGAAGCUUCUCAAGCCUGGCUCCACGACUUCCAGACUGACCGAGGAGCUCCCGUACCUGAUCCAGGUCUCAGGGAGCAGCUCCAAGCUCCAGGAGACUGUCAGCAAUUUAUGCGUCUUCAGGAUCAUGUACUCCAGAGGGCGCUGUUCAGAUCUGCUGACGUACUGGCAAACACUCGGGGUGGACCGACAGGCCAUGGCUAAUAUCUACUUCACGACCAUCAAAAAAUUUGAAGAAAAUCAGAAUGGCCAGAUUCCCUUGCCUAGGAUAGCUGAUUUGUACGAGAUGCUGGCAAGAUUUGUUAAAGACCUUGGACUACUAAAUCAGGCUAUCUGGUCAGUGCAGAGAUCCCUUGAGAUCCGUGAGUCCAUUGAUCCUGAUCAUCUGAGUGUCGCCCAGUGCUUUCAUCUGUUGGGUGCCAUCCAUGGACAAGGUGGCAAGUUUGGCUCUGCUGAAGCAUACUACCAACAGGCUUUGAUGAUCAGCGAGAAUGCCCUGGGGAAUAGCCACCUGGAUGUGGCCAAGGUUCUGGACUCGCUGGUGGUCAUCUACCGGAAGCAGAACAAACAUAAUUUGGCAGAUCCUCUCCAGAAGAGGGCUCACAUGAUCCGCAAGCAAGCCCAAACUCAGCUAUCUGCUCACCAAGUGAGGGCUCUGUCCGCCCUACGGCGUCGCACUCUUCAAAUGGAGCAGCUGACGCAAGGAGCAGAAUCGGCUGAUCUAGCACGCACUCUCAAUGAACUGGGAAUGCUCUAUUAUCUACAGAAGAACUAUCGGUCUGCAGAGAGUUAUUUCCAGAGAGCUCUGGACAUGCGCGAGUCAGUUCUUGGUCCUCACCACGUGGACGUAGCCCAGAGUCUUCAUAGUCUAGCCACUCUUCACAAUGACAGAGACCAGACCAACCAGGCUGAAGAACUAUACGAGAGGGCGCUAGCUAUCAGGAGCUCCAACAUGCCUCAGGAUCAUCCAUUGGUGCUUGCUACUGCACGCAGUCUGGCUGUAUUGUACAGGAAACAGGGUCAGUAUAACAAAGCUGAACCUCUAUACCUUCAAGCAGUUGAAUCAAAGCAAAGGAAACUUGGUGGAAAUCAUCCCAGUCUGGCCACAGCUCUGGUGAACCUGGCUGUUUUAAGAUGUCAACAGGGUAACCAUGAUGAAGCAUCACCUCUUUACGAAGGAGCUCUCAAGAUAUACGAGGAACAUUUUGGCCCGACGCAUCCGCGUGUCGCCGAAACGCUCCGCAACCUUGCUGUUCUACGUUACGAGCAGGGUGACUUCCAGGAGGCAGCAGUACUGUACAAACGUGCCAAUGAAAUCAAAGAAUUAGAAGGGUUUGGGAGUAAGCCAAUGUCGAGGAGGUCUUCCAGCGCUGGGUCAACGAUACUCAAGAUGGCUGCACAGUUGAACGUCAGUACAAGGUAGCAUAGCAUGGAGAGCUCUGGGGGCUGAUUGUCAAGAAGGUAUUCCAGCGCUGGGUCAAUGAUACUCAAGAUGGCUGCCCAGUUACACGCUAGUACGAGAUAGCACAGAAUGUUGAAAUCUGGGAGUUGUUUCAAGGAGCUGUUUGUAAGUUACUCACAACUGGUGGGUGUUUGUUGAUUGGAAUGCAAAAUAAUGAUUAUUGACAUUUAAUAUACUGCCAAUUGCAAAACUGCCUUAAGCCGUUUUGAGAAAAUAUGUUUUCACUGCAAAA